CCAUAUCAAGACACCAAAUCUCUGUUGUUCAUAUCGCUCUAAACACCCACCAGUAAUUACAUUCCAAUCACUUACCCAUUAUCACCCAAACGUGACGUCCACACAUCUAUAAACAGCCCAAAACCCAUUAAACAUAAACAAAUUUAGAAUCACCUUCGUGGCUACAUACAAGUCCCCUUACCCAAAAAAGCAACAAAAUUCAGUCUCGCACGGUCCAGCCAUGUCGCAGCAACCCAAAAACGCCUCCGAAGUGGUCACCAAAGCCCGCGAUUGCUUCAAAAAAGGCCUCACCAAAGGCUUGAAGCAACGCAAAACCAACUUGAAGAACUACCUCAAGUUCAUCACCGAGAACCAGGAAGCCAUCAUCCAGACCAACUACGAAGACCUGCGCCAACACCGAGAGGAAGUCCGCUUGCAGAUCUACGUCGCCGUGGGCCACAUCGAGCACCUCUUGGACAACUUGACCAAGUGGGCUAAGCCGGAAAGCAAACCCAAGAGGUGGGUGGACGCUUUGGAUGGGGUGUACGUGUACAAGGACCCGCUGGGGGUGGUGCUGGUGGUGGGGACGUGGAACAUGGCGCUCCUUACACUGGCACCAGUGGCAGGGGCGAUUGCUGGUGGUAACUGCGUCGUGAUCAAACCCUCGCACCACUCACACAGUUUUGGUCAACUACUAGAGAGGGUUUUGCCGAGGUACUUGGACCCGGAUUGUUUCCCGGUGUUUGUAGCCGAUAUUGACGCAACCACUGAGCUCCUGAAGGAACGGUUCGACUAUUUGUAUUACACGGGUCCGACCACCGUGGGCCGGAUUGUCCACCAAGCAGCUAACAAACACCUAACUCCCGUGACGUUGCAACUGGGGGGCAAAAACCCGGUUUAUAUCGACGAGAGUGCCGAUCUUGUUUUAACCGCCCAUCGACUCAUGUGGGGGAAAGCCUGGAACUCGGGCCAAAUCUGUCUUUCUCCGGAUUACGUCCUGUGUACUAAAUCCACCCAGGAGAAACUAAUCAAACACUGCAAGGUCGCUUUAGACCGCUUCCAUAAACAAGACCCCCACUGUUGUCCCAUCGUCAACGAUUUCAACUUCAAGAGGCUCCAGAACCUCCUCUCAGGGCUCGAGAUUGCUAUCGGAGGUCGCGUCGACCCUUUAGACAACUACAUCGAGCUCACCGUGGCCACCAACGUCUCUCCUGAGCACCAAAUCAUGAAAGAGGAAGUCUUCGGACCGAUUUUGCCCAUCGUACCCAUCGAGGGCUACAAAGAAGCCGUCGAUUUCAUCAACAAGAGGGAGAAACCCCUAACUAUGUACAUCUACGCCACGAAGAAGUCCAUCAGGGACUACUUUCUGGAAAAUACGUCCAGUGGGAGCGUGGUCAUCAACGAUAACUUGAUGCAACUGACUACGCAGAGUUUGCCCUUCGGAGGGGUGGGCUAUAGUGGGAUGGGUCGGUACAAGGAUAAGGAUAGCUUUGAUACUUUCGUCCACAAGAAGGCGGUCUUGGUGAAGACCACGUGUCCGAUUGUGGAGAGGAUGCACGAGUUGAGGUACAGACCCUUCGUGCCCUAUAAGAUGGAUGCCGUCGAGUUUUUCUACAGGUAUAGGAAGGGAAUCCCGUUGGGAUGGUUAAUCUACGUGGGGAUUUUCCUACUAGGGUGCGUGGUGGGGUUGCUGCUGUUUUAUUUCGCCCAUGGGAUUUAAGACGGGUUAUAAUGGUGAAGGGUUAAUGAAGUAUUUAAAUUGUAUCGAUUGACUCACAAAAUAAUAUAUGUUAAGAUAAAUGUUUACCAGUGCAUUUAGUUGAUUAAUAUUCCAUUCGCGUUCACUUUCAAGUCAAAUAAAACUACGAUAUUAAAAGGGUAGAAUCUUCAAUGUUAUUACGCAGUUUUAGAGCGGCAAUAAAUUAUUACAGCGACGGCGAACAAAGCAUUCCUUUUAGAGCAAAAUGUGUCAAAAUGGAAAGUGGAAUACUAAUAAGAAUCGAUAGGUGAUGAUGUAUGCUUUCGAUGGAGUAUGAAUUUAAUGCAGCAUGCAUCGCUCACUCAUAAAUAUAAUAUAUACAGAGUGUCGUUUUAAUGCUUACUUAAAUCAAACUUGAUUUAAAAUAAAACACUUAGUACAACCAUUGUUUAAGUAUAUUAUAGUUGGACAACCUAAUACAAAUUUUACUUCGCCUAAAUAGUGAGCUUUAGGACAAGGAAUCCAGGGGCGUGGGACAAAAUUUUUCGUCAACGCGCAUUUUCACUACAGUGAGCCAACGUAUUAGAUUUAUUUUACUCUACAUCAGAUGGCGCCAUCAAACAUUAGCAAAGGCAAACACCCUUCACUCUGCUCUUAUACGAGGAGUUAUCCAUAAAUCCAUAAUUAACAUUGUUCCGUAAACAGUAAUGUGUAUAAACAUAUAUGUACAAAAUAUGAAAAUAUACUUGACAUAAAAAAUAUGAAGCAACGCGUUGUAACGUGAUACGAAAGAAUUGUAUUUAA